AUGCUUCAACUCAUUUAGUUUCUCAUUCUUAACUUUAAACACUCUUUAACAUUUCUGCAUUUUCUUUUUGGUAUUCUGAACAAGCAAUGGCUAAUAUUAGAGUUGACUAAGGGUUAAAAAUAUGUGUUGAAUUUUGACUCUUAGCACACACUGGAUACCAAGUUGUACAGUCAACAGUGUGUGCUGUGUCUGUGUUGUGAUUUUCAUUUUUGUUUGUUGUAUAUUUGCAGCUCUCGGAGUAAAUGCGGCAUACAGAUAAUGUGGUGUCGCAUAAUCGCCAGCAGGGGGUGGCAUUUAGUCGCUCGCCAUUUUACAAGGUUGAGACAACGCUUCCCUUCAGAGAUGUUUUUCUGUGUCACAUCCGCAGGGAGGUCUGGCUGUCUUUGUGCAGGUCAUGCCCAUCCUCAUUCUGGUGAUUGUGUCGGCUCUCAGUCAGAUAAUGGUCAACAGCCCCUCCUACAGUCUCAGCUUCAGGCCGUCAGCUGGCUACACGCAGAAGAGGCUGACUGAGAACCUGAAGGUGCCAUAUUACGUGGGGGAGCAGUUCUCCAAAGAGUUCACUGGCAUGAAUCUGAAAAAUCUGGAGCGGAGCGUGGAGGACGACUACAUUUCAAACCUCCGCAACAACUGCUGGAAAGAGAAACAGCAAAAGGAAGGAAUGCUCUACAGGGCUCGCUAUUUUGGAGACAGUGAGCUGUACCAGAGAGCGCAGCGGGCUCGAACUCCAAGCUGCGCCAAGCUCUCAGAGAUCACGGCCUCCUUGCAUUAAAACGCCGCUAAUCUUACGUUAGUUCUCCAGAAUAGGAUUAGUUCUGAUUAUCUUUCCUCUUGUUGCCUUCAGGUUUCUAGAAUCAUCCCAAAACAUGACUAACACAAAGGCUGUAAAUACAUACGCUUCGACAUCCUCAAGGCCUUACGUAGCUAACGACACACGAGUAAAACACUUCCUCCCUCUCCACUCUCUUUUCUAAGUUCACGCGAUUGACAUAGAAGUCUUCGUAUGUGUGUGUGUAUAUAUAUAUAUAUAUACAGCCAUGAAUUAAAACAAAGCCAUUUAUCACAUCUUGACAAGGGAACAAGAUGUAGAUUUGAUGUGAAGCCCGAAAGAACAGAAGCCAUGAAGAUGAAAAAGAUUGCUUCACCUCUGUAGGGCUGAGAAGCCAGUGUCGAACCAGGCACAAAGUUUAGCUAUAAAUAGAAAUGCGGAUGUUAACUUACACAGCAGUUUAAAAGAUACCAUGUUGAAUGCUUCCUCCUUUUUUUCUUUGUUUUUUUUUUCUGAAGUCAGAGGAGAAGCUGUUUCCACUGACUCUAAAUGCACAUUCUAACUAUGCAGGGAAAUUGGUGUAGCCUCUGAUUAACACGUGCACUCACGGUUUGGGCGUAGUUAGACAUAGUCUUUUGUUCUAAUGUGCUCGAGAGACAAGAGUCAGGAGAUAAUCCUGUCACUUUUUGUCCUUUGAUUAAACGAAGGUCGACCAUGUGGUUUUACCUCACUUCACUUUGGAUGCAAGGCGUCGAAAAAGUAUUUACAUCCCUCGAGGUUUUUCACAUUACGUGAAAUAAAAUCGGGAUUUAUUGUGAUAGACCAACAGAAAGCCCCUCAGAAGUCUUUUAUUACGGCCACCAACUGUUUCUUCUUAUAUUUUUUGUAUUUAGCUGAACACAAAUGCAUGCAUUGAUUUGCAAAAAAAUAAAAUUGUGUUCUGACAACGUUCCCUGUCUGUUCUGAAGAAAAGCGUGCCAUGUCUCACAGCUGGGAUGAUGCGUUCAGGUCAACGCUUCGUACUCGUCUUCCUUCACACGUCGCAUGUAAUCCGGAAAGUUCAGUCUUGGUUCCAUCUGACCAACCACCUCGUUUUUCUUCUACCUCUGGACUGAUAGGGCCAUGGAUCUGUGCAGCUCCUACAGACUCACAUGAAUGAUGAGUUCCUUCCUUUACCUAUCAAUUUAGGUGAACAACAAUGGCUUUCACUAUUAGUUCACGCCUGAAGGUGGAAACCUAUUUCUCACCCUUUAUUGAGGGGUAUCAGCACAAUUUCAGCUCACGCUUGUCACUAUAAAAUUGUGGAAAACCUUGUGUUCCCUUCAUUUUCCUAUCCCGGUAAUGCUCUACUUUGUGUUGGUAUAUCACAUAAAAUCUAAAAAAAAAAUAAAUAAAUAAAUAAAUACAUAUGACUGUAAAGUGUCAGCAUAUGAGACGGUUCAAGGGGGGGUGAAUACUUUUGUAAGGCACUGUGCCAAAAGGAUGAAACGUGUGCUUAUACCCACCAAGUGGGACUACAGCAGGAUGUAGGUUUUCGCUGUGUAUUGUCUCUGAUACAUCUCAUAUUUUAGUUCGGAACACGAUAUUUAUUCUUUGUAUCUUAUUUAUUACAUACAUCAUCCAAACUAAGAGAAAAGUAGAACGACGUCUCACUUUUUUUUUUUUGUCCCCCACUGUGUUUCUACUCCCAGAUAAAAAUAAAAAUGGAUGCCUGAA